AUGAAGACUCUGACUCUCCUCUCCAUCUGCACUCUUCUGUCGGUGUGCUGGUCCAUGGGAGCCUUUGAACCUGAGGUCGUCGUGGACCCUGCUGCUGACACAUCUGCUGAUGUUGCACCUGAUGCUGACCCUGCUGCUGACCCUGCUGCUGACCCCGCCGCUGACCCCGCUGCUGACCCCCCUGCUGACCCCGCUGCUGCCCCUGAUUCAUCCUCCUCAUCCUCUGACUCCUCUGACUCUUCUUCCUCCUCUGAGUCCGAUUCAGUCUCGUCCUCUGAAUCUGACUCGAACUCCUCCUCAGACUCGUCAGCAUCCGACUCAAACUCAAGCUCCGACUCAUCAGCCUCCAAUUCAUCCUCCUCCUCUGAGUCCUCCUCCUCCGAAUCCUCUUCCUCUGAAUCCUCUUCCUCUGAGUCCUCCUCUUCAGAGUCUGACUCGGCAGCAUCUGACUCCUCAGCCUCUGAUUCUUCCUCUUCCUCUUCAUCCUCCUCAUCUUCAUCAGAGUCAGCCAGUACUGAAGCUCCUCAGGUGUUUGUGACGAGAGACCUGGCUGCUGUUCUCCUGAGGAGAAGAAGAGCUGCCCCAGCAGGAGACCUCUCCCGUCUUCAGUUAGAAAGCCUUAGAGAGGUAUGUGAGCUGAACGUUGCCUGUGACGAGAUGGCUGACACCGAUGGUAUCGUUGCAGCAUACACCGCCUACUAUGGACCCGUCCCCUUCUAA